UGAAAUCAUUUGAUAUUUUUCUCUGCUGGCAAACGGGAAGGCCCGAGGAAAACAUGCAAGGCCUCAUUUCUUUGAGGAGCUCUCCAUGCUUUCUUCACAGUUGCCCUCGCUCUUCCAAUACAAAGCAUCUUGUAUCUAAACCUCAUUGCAGUUUAAGAAAGCGAAGCACAAGUAGUCUAAGAAGCACUUUGCCGUCCAUUUCCCUCUCGCUUUUCGGUUCAGGGUUCUUCUUAGGUCCCCUCAUCGAUGGACUUCACUCAAGAGUGAAUCUCGUGGUAUACCAAAAUGGGUCAAUCGACAUCGGUCCUCUUCACACAAACAUUUGGGUUCCUCCCUUGCUUGGAUUGUUUUACUGCUCUGUCGGGUUGCUGCAACUGUUCUUGGAUCAAAGGGCACCUUCGAAGGUUCCAGAAGGAAGCCUAGAGAAAACAGCAAUUGCGUUAGUAGCACUGUUGCUAUUCAUCGAAUUGAGUGCUGAAAUGUAUAGAGCUGGAAUAGCAGACAACAUCGAGGCUUACAUAUUAUUUGCAUUAGCAGAAUUGAUAUGGUUUUACCUGGACAGAACAUGGAUUGGAUUCACCCUGGCUUCCAUCAUAGGCCUCUGCUGUCCGCUAGCUGAAAUUCCCAUAAUGAAGUUGUUCCACCUUUGGUAUUACCCACAAGCAAACAUUGAGAUCCUUGGUCAGGGUUUAGUCACUUGGACAACCACUUGCUACUUUGUUUACACACCAUUUCUGAUCAGUUUAUCACGCUGGUUGAGAUCAAUGAUAACUCCUGCCAACAAGUCUGCUUAGAGAUGGUCGGAAUUUCUUCCGCAACAGGAACUAGAAUUGAAACAACCUACUCAAGAAUAAAGGGAAUCUGUUACAUGCUGAAAGUGAUUACAAGAUAACAAGAGCUAAAUGAGGAGUUGUUUCAGAGUAGAAUAAUUUUUUUUUCCUUUCCUCCUUUAAAAUGGAAAACGUUGAAGUAUCCAUGAACACUUAUGCAAGUGUAUCAAACGAAAAGAAAAGGUCUAGCAUGUGGAAAGUGGAUUAGUAAAUGGAAAUAGAUGGAAUAAAACUAGUACAAACAUUGAUCAGAAAAUUAUACACAAAAAAGAAACACAAAUUUGAAAUUGAUUAAUAGUGAAUAAUGAACUUGUAUGGUGAAUGUUAGAAGAAUAGAAGUAGGAAAGCAAGCAGGCAAACCAUGACCAGUAGUUAUUUCCAUAGCCCUACAUUUUUUAGUUUCGUUUGAAAUUUUGGUGGUUGCUUUAGUGAUUGUUUUUUGAGCUUUUUUCCUGUCACAACACAGAAUGUAAAACAGUAGCUCUGCAGUUUCUUUCA